CCAACCUAUAAAUUUUAGUUAAUGCUAUAUUUACUAACCAACAUAUUGCCACCAAACUUAGUUCAUAGAUCACAUUCAGACAAGCUAAAGUACUUUAAAUUUGAAAAUGACAAACUUACCCUCUGUUUGUUUCCAUAUUUCCCUCUGUUUGUCCUAAUCACCAACUGCAAACUGAAGAAGCUUCAAGAAUCAAGAUCCAUUUAUACUUCUCAUUUCUUUUUGCUAAACUACUUCUCAGCUUUAAUAAUUUUUUUAGCUUCAUGGGGUUUCUCCAAAAUCUUGAUUUUGAGAUAUAGCUUUUUUUUUUUUUCUCUUUUCUUUCUAUAUUUUGGUGUUUCCAUUUCUUAUAUAUGUUCAUAUAGAUGGUGAAUAAGUUAAAGUUCAGUUCUUGUGGCUAUAAAAGGUCAGAUUUGGCUAAAGAUUUGAACUUUGGUAAAAUGAAGCAUUGUCACACUUGGGUUUUUCAUUCUUUCAAUGGGGUCCUUGUGAUUGGAUCCUUAUUAUUGUUGUUGUUUGUUGUGUCAAUAGGGUCUGGUUAUUUCUACAAUGCAAAUUCUUUUCCACAACAAAUUGUUCAUGAAAAUGCAAAUAGGACAAGUAACUUUAGUACUGGUGAAUGCAAUGUUUUUGUUGGAAAUUGGGUGCCUGAUGAAAGUUAUCCUUUGUACAAUGCAUCAGAAUGUCCUUUUGCUGAACAAGGUUUUAGUUGUUUAGCUAAUGGUAGGAAGGAUAAAGAGUAUCUUAAGUGGAGGUGGAAACCUAGGGAUUGUGAAAUUCCAAGGUUUGAUGUUCAUGAAAUCUUGGAAAAGUUAAGGGGAAAAAGGAUUGUGUUUGUUGGUGAUUCAUUAAGUAGAACUCAAUGGGAAUCUAUGAUAUGUAUAUUGAUGACUGGUGUUGAGGAUAAAAAGAGUGUAUAUGAAAUCAAAAGAAGAAAGAUCACUAGACAGAUAAGGCAUUUACAAGUUCGAUUUAGCUCGUUUGAUUUUACAGUUGAGUUUUAUAGAUCAAUUUUCCUAGUACAGCCUGGCGCGCCACCAAAACGUUCACCAAAGAGGAUCAAGAAAGCACUAAUGCUUGAUAAGUUGGAUGAUAUAAACAAAGAAUGGAUUCAAUCUGAUAUACUAAUCUUUAAUACCGGACAUUGGUGGAAUCCCACUAAGCUUUUUGAACUGGGCUGGUACUUCCAGACUGAUGGAAAGAUGAAACUCGGGAUGACAAUAAAUGGUGCAUUCAAGAAAGCCUUAGCUACUUGGAAAUCUUGGAUUGAAAAGAAGGUCAACACUAAUAGGACACGUGUAUUCUUUCGGACUUUUGAAGCUACUCAUUGGAGUAUUGGAUCCCGUGAGAAAUGUGACGUGACACGACAGCCCUGGUCAGAAACCAACGGCAAGGAUGAGAGCGCGUUUUCAGACAUGAUUAUUGAUACUGUGACUAAUGUAUCCAAACCCGUGACAUUGCUGCAUGUCACUCCGAUGGGGGCAUACCGGAGCGAUGCACAUGUUGGUACUUGGAGUGAUAAUCCAUUAGUGCCAGAUUGUAGUCAUUACUGCUUACCUGGUGUGCCUGAUAUGUGGAACGAACUGCUUUUCGCCUUUCUAUUUUCGGAUCAGCAAUAUCAGAUUCAUUAGUAUCCUGAAUAUGCAAGUUUUAUUCAACAGCUUGUUUGACCUUUAACACAAAGUCAUGGUCAUUCUUCGUCUAGGACUUUGCAAGGAUUGCUGUUACAAAUUUUCCUUUUUUAUGUAGUUGUCUAUGUGAAUAGUUAUGAUUCAUAUAGCCGAUCUCAAAUGUGCUUGAGAUUGAGGAAUAGUAGUAUUAGUUGUUGUUUAGUGUGUCUGGUUCCAGAGAGCUUGUACUUAUGCAAUUUAUUAGGAAUACGAAAGCUGAUUUAGAGGAAAUUAAUGUCAAAGUGAUGUGUUCAACUGAACAAUUUGAUCUGUCAAAUGAGGCAUCUGGUUAACAGUAUCUUAGUUUGCUUCUAAUUUCUCGUGACAUAA